AUGUAUCCCGUUCAGUAUACCCCGCAACCGUAUGUAGUUGUUGUGACGCCUACCUUUAAUCAACAACCUGCUCAGGCUUAUCAAGUGCCUCCGAUUUAUCGAUCAGCUCCAGUUCAACAACGUGUUGCGAUUCCUCCAGUUUAUCAACAAGCACCAGCAGCUCCUGUCUAUCAACAACUGAGAGCUCAAGCUCCGAGGCAAAAUCCUCAGAACCAGAAUAGGAGGCAAGGGGAUAGGGUGACCUUCAAUCCAAUUCCAAUGUCGUACACUAAGUUUUAUCCCUCUCUGUUGCAAAAGGGUUUGGUGGUUCCCAGACCUAUGGGACAUCCACCUGAUCGUCUGCCUCCAUGGUACAACCCUAAUGCACAUUGUCCUUUUCAUGAAGGUGCCCCCGGGCAUGACCUAGAGGGAUGA